UUUGAUUAUUAUAAUGUAUUCUUUAUAUUGUAUAUUGUAUUCUACAGCUAUAUAUCACUCUCUUCUAGUGUGGAUAUAUUUACUGUGUAUUUCUUCACUCCUGUGUCUGUCAGUUCAUUAGAGCUGCUGAAACUCUGACAGUCGGUCUAAAUAACACUGCUGUUUUAUAAUCUACACGUGGGGCUUAGAUAUCUGUGUUUGCUGUGGCACUGGGGGCUGUACGGUCCGUGUAACGCUACGUUUUGAUAGUUUGUAUGUUGGUUUGGGUCUGGGCGGCGGAGACGUGCGAACGAAUCCGGCUUGGAUACGGACGGCUUAUAUACCAGCAGCGGGAGUCAGAGCAGCCUCCUGGCAGCAGUGGGGACGAGGCGAUUCUGGGAGUCGUUUUCUCGUUUCUGCCACUUUGGAUUUAAUCAUAACAAACUAUCAAAAGGUGCAGGGAUCAUGGCUGUGAUGUUGACGAGCCCUGAGUCCGCCCGAGUCAGGCAGCUGUACUUCUUCUCCCUCUGGUCUGAGCGCAGACUGGAGCUACAGUGACUCACUAUCACCUCCUAGACAGGACGGGCCGGCACUGUCGGUUACAUGCUGAUUUCAGUAGAUAUCUCUCCAACUCGACACAUCGACGUCUUUGACCUAACAUCAACACUAUUACCUCUUCACAUUCUGUUGAUAAUGUUAAUUCAUUGUUUUAAUGUUUUAAGUUUAAAUUCUGGCAUAUCUUACACAUUGAAUAUUUACUAUAAUAAUGAAUGAUUUUUUAAAAACCAUGUCAUUUUAUUUCUAGUCCAUAACGAAUGUAAAGGUGAAUUUUUGUCAUUUUUUAGAUGAGUUUUUUUUGACAAGUCACACAAUUGAUUCCACUGCUCUGCUUAUUCAUUCAUGCUUGUAUGGGAAAUUAAACUGUCAAGAUUGGCGGUAAUUUUUGAAGUGCUAACAGUUCUGACAUGUUCAAACAUUUUUAAAUGUCUGAAAGUUCUACAAAGUAGAACUUUGGAUGGCAGAGCAUGUGUAUGCCUGUCUUGCACAUGUAACUACCAGCAGCUGUCCCUUGGGUUUUCUAAAAGGCAAGUGAAUAGCUGCCUGUUCUAGAGAAUAAAGCAGGAAAGGGAAUGGCCUGAUCCACCAUUGGAGAGUAAAGCAAUUUAAAUGAUUGUGGAGUAGGACGGUCAAGGAAAUAUACAAUUUGAUCUAAUAAUGGAAAAUGAAAUAAGAGCAAUCAUUGUAGAGCAAGACGGCCUGGAAAUCGUACAGUGUGAUCCUUCAUGAGAUACUAAGAAAGGGAAAUGAUAGCAGAGCAGGACAUGUCAAAAUUGUACAUGCUGUUCCCUACGCAAUAGUACCAUGGAAUCUGUUCACAAAUAUAUUUUAGAACUUGGCAGACUUGCAAGUGCAAUGCAUAAUGCAUAACAGGCUUUACACAAAAUAUUAGGCAGGAAACUUUUUCGCUGAAUGAUAGGGCCUGUCGGUUCCCCUUACACGGCUACAGAUUAAAUGACAGUGUCAGGAUAAGAUAAGCUUUAAAUGCAAAGAUGGGUAUUAGAUAUACAGGGCAAGUUUAUGUGCAAAAGUUUGGUUCACUUUAGUGCACAUGAAGUUUUUAUUCAAAAGGAUUUCUCUAGAAGUUACACUUGUAUAUCUAUUUUAUAAAGUGUAAGGGUUCAACACAAGUAUUUCAACUUGUAGAAAAGUACUGUUUAAUAUCAGCUGAUAUGCCCCCAAGUAGGUCUAUAUAUGGGUGCAAAGUCCAUAAACAUUCAAAAACAGCAAGGAUAUAUUGACAGUAAGUAGAUAAAUAAAAUAAUACGACAAAUAAAUGUUCAGUAGGCUAUUGUGCAUUAUAAUAUCCUUACACCUAUUCAGCAAUUAUUAAUAUUUCCAUUCGUUCCAGCCGUAUUUACGUUAUUACAUAAAUCCACUUACGGCAUUUCUGAAUCGAUUCACAAUUGUUUGACCCUAACCCCACUACUUGGUUGCUAUCUGGUUAGCGCCCUUGGUUACCACUUUCCUCCCAUCAUGCAUCACUGCUAGGAGUCCUUUUGAGGUGUAUGGAUGCAAAUAAGAGCAAACUUUGGUGAGUAAAUAUUAUAAAGAAUGGAGACGGAACAGCACAGCAUUGUCAUCUUCAAUGUUUCAAAAAGAGAGCUGUUUACUACGAAUAAUGGAUACAAAUCGAUGCAGAAAAGACUGAGAGCUCAAUGGAAAAUCCAAAGUAUGAAGGAAGAGCUGUCUCUGGAGAAGCUGAAGGGUGUCAAGUUGUGGAUAACUGCAGGUCCAAGGGAGAAGUUCACAGCAUCAGAGCUGGAGGUACUGAAGUACUACCUGGACGGAGGAGGAAAUGUCCUGGUCAUGCUCGGUGAAGGAGGAGAAAUGAAAUAUGACACCAAUAUCAACUUUCUCCUAGAAGAGUUUGGAAUAAUGGUCAACAAUGAUGCUGUUGUGAGGAAUGUGUAUUACAAAUACUUCCACCCUAAGGAGGCGCUUGUGUCCAAUGGUGUAUUGAACAGAGAGAUUAGUCGGGCUGCUGGCAAAGUGGUCACAGGCAUCAUCGAAGAUGAAAAAGUUGGAAACAAUGCACAGGCUCUCACAUUUGUGUACCCGUAUGGUGCCACACUGAGUGUGAUGAAGCCUGCUGUGGCUGUUCUUUCAACUGGAUCCGUCUGCUUCCCCCUCAACAGGCCUGUCCUGGCCUUCCAUCAAGGAAAGGAGGCUGGAAAACUGGUAGUGUUGGGUUCCUGCCACAUGUUCAGUGACCAAUACAUAGACAAAGAGGAGAACAGUAAAAUCAUGGAUGUUGUGCUCCAGUUGCUCAUGGCUGAUAAUAUUCAGCUGAAUCAGAUUGAUGCGGAAGACCCAGAGAUCACAGAUUACACCAUGUUGCCAGACACAGGGUGCUUGUCAGAACAGCUCAGAGUGUGCUUACAAGAAGGCGAUGAAAACCCCAGAGACUUCACCUCUCUUUUUGAUAGGUCUUUGUUUAUUUUGUCAACUGACACACUACCCCAAGUCAUCAGCGCUUACAAGCAGCUUAAUGUCAAAGACGAGCCACUUCAGCUAAUCACGCCACAGUUUGAGACGCCUCUACCUCAGCUCCAACCUGCUGUCUUUCCACCUGCCUUAAGCGAUUUGCCGCCCCCCAUGCUUGACCUGUUCGAUCUAGAUGAAACAUUCUCUUCGGAGAAAGUGCGCCUAGCCCAGCUCACCAAUAAAUGUACAGACGAUGAUCUUGAAUUCUACGUGCGGAAAUGUGGGGAAAUUCUGGGGGUGACGCCAAAGUUGGAUAAAGAGCAGAGGGAUGCCAAGCACAUCUUAGAACACAUUUUCUUCCAGGUUGUAGAGUUCAAGAAACUCAAUCAGGAGCAUGAUGCUGACACGGAGGAACCAUUCACUCUGAUUUAAGUCAAGAAACGAGUUUAAAGAUUUUCCUCUGUCUUUCAACAUACUGUAACAAACAAGCAGAUGCAAGUAUAUUAUGUAGUAAAAGAGACAAUUACAGUAGUUGUGGGGUAUCAACAUGGGUACUGUUGCGUAUUUUUAUACAUUUCUAUUGACUUUCAUUUUGGGAAAAUAAUAAUAAAAGUACAAUCCACUUUGAGCAAAUAUUCAAUAAGACUUUAUUUAAAUAUUAAAAAUCUUUAAGAAAAACAAAAAGGCAUAAUCCUGUAAAAAUACAAAGAAACUGAAGAGCAUGGAUUUGCAGAUGUGCUAGAGCAUACAGUUAUGAAUAUUAAAUCUAUCUAAACUGCACAUCAUAUCUUCACAUUUACAAUCCAGUGUAUUAAAAUCCAAGUAGAGUCAUCCUUGAUGCAGAGACACAAUCAGAGUUGAACACUUAAUUUUUCCUUCCCUCUAAAACUUUCUCCAUGCAAAGUGUUUCUUGGCCACGUCAGGGAGAAACUUCAGCUAGUGAAGGUUGUGCAUGGGGUUUUGGACUCCAUGUUGCCUCCAGAGCACUGGACUCCAUCUCAGGUUUGGGGCUAUCGUUUUCAGAUUUAAUCAAAGACAGAUCCCAUGACAUUUGAGAGGCAGUGAGAUCACUGUACGACUGGUCAAAACAAGCAGCAUUUUGCUUUGGAAGGAGCAUGUGGGGAGUGGAGGACUUUCCCUGUAGUGGCACAGCCAGGUGACAAGUGUCGGUCUCUUGAGCGUUUAAGUUGUUUAUCGAAAAGGCCUGAGGGGGAGAAAUGGGGUCCGAGGACAGGCAGAGAGAAGCCAGGAUGGACAGCCGGCCGUCAGAUCCAUCAGCCAUUGUGUCGUUUGACACUCUUGAUGUGGAUAGUUGUUCCAGCGACAAAGCAGACAGCAAACUCUGUUCUCCAAAAAACUUCCUGUCAAGCUCCAGUGGAGAUGGACACUCAAAGCUUUUCAUAUCUUGGAGGAAAAUGUAAGAUCCCAUUUAGAAUCCCAUCAUCUGAUCAGACAUGAAUGAAUGUUACCAUCUUGAGACUAAAACCAGUUUUCUUACCUUUAAUGACAAACACUUUCUCCAUUGUUUCAUUGAGCCAGUGAGUGUCAACUGAGCUCCAGGUGCAUUUUAAACUGUUGGAGCAACUUGUUAAUUGACCCAGCUGGAGGCUUAGCAGGUCAUCAGUCUGGAGGAGGUGGGGAGCAUGCAGCCUGGUACAGGUGCAGAUAUAUUUUAAGCAUGAUCACUUGUUACUAAAAUGUUAUUAAAUAUGUAAAUAAAAUGUUAUUUUAAUGAUGUGUAUGUUGUUCUAUAAAACGUUUUUGUUCUAAAGAAGAGAA